AUGCAGAUCAUGACGAGUGCUGCGUUCAUGAACCAACAGGCCUUGUUCGUGGCAAAGCUCGCAUCCUGGUGCCUUGCAAAACCGCCAAUGUUGUGUUUAAAGCACUUCAAGUGGGAUGAGACACAGCUGUUAUGCACAUUGAAUGCUGACAAAUCGCAACAACGAGUGAGAAGCAGCUGGCAGGUCUUAGUGCACCGUGUGCGCUUGGUUCUUGCCUGGGAAGAUGGAUCUACAAUAGUCGUUCGGCUGAUCGUACCACCUGUAAGCCUUCUGGCGACGGGUGCAGAGCACCAAUACUAUGCUUUAUUCCAUCACCCGGCGUACAAAUGCAUCAACGGGCUUAUGGACCUCUUAAGGCAAUCUGCCCAGGAGAACUUGGAUCUGGCGGAGACAGAUGGAGCAGCCAGCAAUAUGAGGCUGCUGGCCCACCUCAUCCAGAAGGCCAAGAGCACGGUUGUCGGUCGAGGUGGUCGUGAGCUGUUGUUUGCACAUUGUAGGUGUAUGAAUCAUGCGGUCCAGCUGAAUAAUACCUCGCUUUUGGCAGUCGUUAGCCCUUCAUUGUUGAACAGAAUAUACGGGAUGACUGUUUAUGUUCGCAAUUUGGGCUAUUGGAUGCGCAUGAGGCAAGCAGUGCACGAUUGGGUUGAUCGGACAUUACGAUUUCGUUCAGAAGUUAUGGCAUCAGACCCCUCCCAACACGUGCGGCCCCAUUCCGCAAUCUGCGAGCUCAUCGCAUACCUUCGAAUGUGGAAGAAACUUGAAAGGCACAAUUCGAAAAUCGAAGAUCAUCAGGCGGCGUCUGGUGAAGACGAUGCCGAGGAAUCCGCUUUUGAUCGCAAGGCCACGGCUUUCUUGGAUAUGUGGAAUGGGGAGGAUGGGUCUGGCGAGCCCUGCCACAUCUGCAGCAGCGAUUGUCUUCCUCUCGCCCAGCGGCAUUGUGCUGACAGGGCCACUGCUGUGAGGAAAUGCUCUACGGCGCUGAUCGAUAUCUUUCUCUCAGGACUUCCAUCAGUGCCAUCACCCAGUAAAUGGACUAAGCUUUUCUCCCCGCUUGACUUUUGUUUGGCUGGGACUGUGGUUCACAACUGGUUGGAGCAUAUAUUUCAAGAGGCAUUUGGCGAAAUGGUCUUCAAAGAAUACCCAGAUGAUCUUGAUACUGUUGAUCCGCGACUAGUAGAAACCCUAUCCUUCCAUAUGGUCAACGGUCGCCGACUUCAAACAUCUAUGGAUUUCUUGCAGAGCAAGCACGAGAAAUGGUCAUUGAGCCUUUUGACUGUUUCAAUCGAGGCAAACCGUGUUCUCACCUGGUAUUGGUUGAAAUGCCUGGGCCAAAGCCUGAGCCCUGGCGACAGGCCACCCUUGUAUUGCUUGCUUGACCCAAGCAGCAGUGUGUUGACAAGCACAUUGCAACACUACAGCCUGUUGCUGUCUUCGGAAACUGGUGCCGGACGGAUGCAAUUGUUGUGGGGGGUUUGGGGGUAUGAUAGCUUUGCUCGCUUUUGCAGGUGCGAACCCCAUUUGGUGCGAGAAAUACGUCGUGUGUUGCUCCAUGCAUCAGCCUGGCAAUACCGCCGUCAUUUUGACUAUCUACAUGGAGACUCGUUCCUCGUGGCCAUCGUUGGUGAUCCUCAUGCUUGCCCUCAGGUGAUGAAAGCUUUUCUCCAGUCGUGGCAACGAAAGCAACAGUGCUGUGUCCCGGCAGGUUUGGCACGAUCCUUGAAGGUCCGAGGAGUGACAGCAGAUGAUCUGCAAAGCAAGCAUUGGAAAAGAAUCAUGUACUGGUAUGCAGCCUCUCUCCAACUAAGUGUGGCAGACGUGGAGGUGAAGCAUGCUGCCAAUCGGCAGAAUGCUGAAAGUGGAUUCUCGACGAUUGCAUCGAAAUUCAUCAAUCGGGAUUCUUAUUUGAUUGCUAGACAAGCCCGCGAGCAUACGUGGCCUACCUCCUCCAAGGGGAAAGCCGGGGAUUUGGGGGAUUCAGCAGGGGAUUUGAUAGUGAAGGAUAAGACCAACCGAAGACCCAAAGGGAAGUCGCCAUUGGAAUUGUUUCGUGGGGAUUGGUUGCAACAACAGAAGUUCGCGGGGGCCUUCAAUCCGAUCACGAAAGCCGCCUGGGAUCAGUUUCAUUGUGCUUGGGCGGAGCUACCGGAAAACCAGAAGAGGAUCUACGAGGCGAUGUCUGACACAUCGAAGCAAGCUGCGAAGAUGCAAAGAAUAAAACCGCGAACCGAAGACCAACUUGCCGUUGCUAAUUCCCCAGUCGAACAAUUGGCCCUGCACGGGGAACCCUUCGUGCCGAAACUUCUUAAUGCGGUGCCUGUGCAACGGCUUCUGCAAACAGCAGAUCUGAAAGGGUUGCUCUCGCCAUAUUCGAGGAGCGAGCCUCGUGGAAGCAAGUUCGGCAAGCAUGAUUACCCGAUCUCAGAAGAAGCUCUAGAUAGCAUUGCACGAGCACAGCGGGCGAAGGGUAUCACGGCCAAGCAGGCCGAAAUCCAUUUUGAUCGGGAGAUGGAGAGAAUGGCCAGGCCGCCUGAGGACGAUCGCUUUCCCAGCAAGGUUGUGUACGAGGGUUUCUGUGGAUGUCAGUGUCGCAAUUCUGGAGAGGAGCAGCGUUCCUUGUUUGAUUCGGAGAAGUUGUGCAUCCGGCUGCACACCCACUUGCUGUCGACUUUCCUGGACAUCGUCAAGCGCUAUGGCUCUCCAAUGGCAGCCGCCCAAGCAGAUGUCCUGCUUGCUUUCGAAGUGUUCUCUCCUGCUAUGCCUCAAAGACAUGUGUGUAGGCAGUAUGCUUGGCUUACGGCUGUUUCUGCAAGAGCUGGGGCACUGAAACCAGAUCAGGUGUUUGUUCUUGCUCAUGUGCCCGGUGCCGGGCAGUGUGGGGUUGGGCAAGGCAGGUUUGAUGGCAUGCUGCUCGAUUUAUCUUUCGAGAAGUACGUGCGGUGCAAGAAAGAUUACUUGCCGGUCCCUGCUGGGGAAACUCCCGUAGGUCGUUUGAUGAUGUUCUUGUCGGAUUCGUUUGCAUCCCAUCUGCUCAGCGUCUUCGACGAGCACAACAUGUCUCCAACCACGGUGGUGAUCAACAAGUUGCUUUUCGAGGAUAUGACUCCAAAGCGGGUUCGGGUAACAGGAAUGGACAUUAGCUUCGAACAGAUCGUGGUGACUGCAAUAGGCACCUCCCACCAGGAUGAGUCAGAAGGGCCGCCCGCUGGGCAACCUUCAGACGGCCCACUCAUGGAGCCUUCAGAUGCAGACCGGUCUGAUGCCGCCGAUGCGAUGGAUUUAUUAUCUUUGUUGGAUGAUGGUCCAGCCCUCCCGUCUGGCCCAGCUGCGAAGAAGAGGAAGACAAGACGAAACCCUGCUCCGACUGCAAAGGUUCGGAUAUCGAGACUGUCGUGUGAGGAUAUCUUGGAUGACCCACAGCUGCAUGCCAUGCUUGGGCCGGACCAAAUCGAGGAGCUCAAGAAGGCUGUUGAGGUGUGUCGAACAGCAGAAGUCCCCGAGCAAACGUGGAUGUCAUCUCGUGCAGCUGAAGAUUCGGACAGCGACAUCCUGGAGGACUGCCGUGCUGAGGCUGUUGAGGGUAACAUUCAAGGAGAUGGCGAUGUGUCUACUUCGCCAGCCCCGUCUUCUUCAUUGACGAAUGCUGGGCGAAUUGCUGGGCCUGAUCUGGCAGUCGCACCUUCGGUCAACUCUGCUGCUGCUGCGGUGCAGAACUGGCAGCUGCUGUCAGUCCAAGAAGAUGGCGGUCGGAUUGAGGUUCGUUAUGGUGGUUCCGGCACUACCUAUUGCACGGUCCGCCGACGGUUUGAAGGCAUGGAGGAACACUUAGGCACUGUCCAGCUGCUCGUGAAAAGAGGAACUGGGCAAGAGUCACUCAGAGCCGUGUGCAAGAAACACAAACAAUGCGACUGCUGGAUCAGUAGCACAUCUCAUCCAGACUUACUUUUGCACCGGCGAGUCCCCGGGGCGGCUCAAUGCAAGCCCUGCUUCACCUAUAUGAUGAAGAAAGAGCCGUACUGCAAUAUGACAACCGAAGAGAGGUACGAAAUGCUCGAUGAUGAUGAGAAUCAUGCCCAAUACAUGCCUGGUCUUGAGGAGUGGACAGGACAGCGGAAGGCAGGUCUGCGGCGAGCCCGCUCCACGAGCAAGCGAGAUGCCGCCGCUGUGUCCGAGUCGGGUAUAGAGACCAAACAGCUGGUCGGAUAUAUGUGGCCAUUGCAACUUCUGAAAGAUCAUGGGAAGACUAUUCCCAAGCGCCUGCAAACAGUACCCCAUCUUGGAAAGCAAAUCAAAGGUGCUAUCUUGAAAGAAUGGACAAUCGGAUGCAUCGAGAUCUCGACGAACUCCUCGAAAAAGGCUCGCCAGACUGUGUCUGUUGCCGACGACGAAAACGAGGACGGCCCUGAUGCAGCCACUGCCUUCUCUAGCCUCGAGAAGUCUCUCAACAUCUCCGUUGCAUCCUCAGCGACAGAGGGACACGACGUCGUUUUGGGCAAGGCGAAGGUGAAGGGCGGGACCGAGAGCGACGAUGAGAUGGCAUCCAUCAUGUGGGGCGACAGCCAUAUCGGAGGACCUUUGAAUUAG